GUGUAACUUGUGAAUCUGUUAUCGUUCGUGGUUGUUUCUGUUUCGUGGUUUGUUUCACCGUUGAUUUUUAACAAAACCAUACAAGAUGUCAGAAGAGCCGUUGGAAAUUGAAGCAGUGCACUUGUACGAGAAGGAGAAUGCCGAGACCCAUCGCACCUUCAACUUCGAGAUGGUCCAUCAAGAUCCGGCGAUUCCCGUCCUUCGACGAGGACAAACCUUCCACAUGGCCCUGAGAUUCAAUCGCGAGUACGUGGACGAAACCGACAUUGUUCGAUUACUCUUCAGUUUCGGCCCGAACCCCAAUGUGCUGCGGGGCACCAGAGGAGUUAAUACGAUCACCAAUAGGGAAGCUUAUCUGACUGAUCUGGAGGCUUGGGGUGUUCGCAUGGUCGGCGCUCACGGAGUCGAUCUGUCUGUUGAGGUCAGAAGUCCGAUCGACAGUCCCGUCGGAGUAUGGCAAUUGAACGUGGAGACCACUACUCUCGGCAGAAGGAAAGCGCCGAAUACUUACAGUUAUGAUAAAGAUAUCUACUUGCUCUUCAAUCCGUGGUUGAAAGAGGAUUUGGUAUACUUGGAGGAUGAACAGCUGCUCGAUGAGUAUAUCCUGAAUGACGUUGGCAAGAUAUGGGUAGGUCCAUGGGGUAGUUCUCGUGGUAGAGAAUGGGUCUUUGGGCAGUUCGACGCGUGUGUGUUACCAGCUUGUCAAUUGUUGCUCGAGAGAUCCGGUAUCAAGGCGAUUUCUAGGGGCGAUCCGGUCAAAAUGGUUCGGGCAAUCUCGAGAAUCAUAAAUUCUAAUGACGAUAAGGGUUCAAAUAAUAAUUUAUCUUCGAGUAAUUAUCUUCACAGCAUCGGCCGUAUGAUUUUAACGAAGGCGCCAUGGAUCUUCGAUCCUAAUGGAGAUAAGGAUAGACAGGAUAUAACGUCACUUUAUAAAGCCAAGGAAGGCACUGAGGUCGAGAGACUGACUUUGUACAGGGCGGUCCGCAGUACCGAGAUGGCGAAGAGAUUCUAUUCAAUGCCAUCGCCAGGUAAAGAGGACGUCGAGUUCGAUCUUGUCGAGCUCGAACGCGUCAACAUCGGCGAGCCGUUCGCUGUGACCGUGAAUAUUAAGAACAAGUCCGACGAGACGCGCACUAUUCAGGCUAUCUUGUCAGCCGGCAGCGUUUACUACACUGGAGUUAAGGCGAACCUGGUGAAGAGAGCAUCCGGCGACUUCGUGCUUCAACCGAAUGCCACGGAACAAUUAAGGCUCAGCGUGACAUUAAACGAUUAUCUGGACAAGCUUGUGGAGUAUUGUAUCAUGAAGUUAUAUUGCAUCGCUACGGUCAAGGAAACUCGGCAAACUUGGGCAGACGAGGAUGAUUUUCAAGUUUUAAAACCGAAUAUCGAUGUCAAGAUCGAAGGUGAACCAGUAGUUGGACAACCAUCGACCAUCACAUUGAGCUUUAAGAACCCUCUGAAGAAAACCUUGACCAGUUGCCAAUUCAACUAUGCUGGGCCCGGUCUCUCCAGGAACAAGACCUUAACUUUCAGGGACGUAGGACCCGAGGAGAAUGUUUACGUGGAGCAUCAGCUCGUGCCGCAAAAGCCCGGACAGCAGAAAAUAAUCGCCACUUUCACUUCAAAAGAAUUGGUCGACAUCACUGGUUGCGCAACCGUCGACGUCCUUGAGGCUGAAUGAAUGGCUAUGUGACGAUUCGAAUUCAUUUCGACCUUAAUUCAAAUCAAUCGUUAUGCUAAGAAUGUCAGAUGCAUUUGGCUAAAUCAUUUGGUCAGCGCGAUAACGAAAUAUUUUGGUUUUAUCUGGAUUUUUUUUACCGAGUAAUGCAAUGAUUU